AUGUCGUCGCAAGCAGGCCAUGAACUCCGCGAACUCGAGCUGAAGGACUUUAUACUCUCGCAUCCAAGCCUAGAGACACUUAGAGGUUCGCCACAAGGAAUUCUCAGUCUCAUUGAUGAGUUCGAAAGAACAAGGAAGGGCCUACUGAAACCAAGUAGCCAUAAAGCCCGGAUUAUCCGCGAUCUAAUAGCAGCUCUAAGACCGACGGUGAUGAUUGAGAUGGGAGGUUAUGUUGGCUACUCCGCUAUCCUGUUUGGCGAUGCAUUUCCCCGAGAAACCAUGGACAAUAUGCACUUCUUCAGCUUGGAGCCGAACCAUUGUUUCGCGGACAUUGCAAAGUGCUUGAUUGAUCUUGCUGGCCUCUCCAGCUUUGUUGAAGUGAUGGCCGGCCCUACCGAUGCAUCCAUUCGCAGACUGUUUUCCUUGGGCCUCAAAAAGGUUGAUUUCAUGCUGGUUGGCCAUGACAAACUAGCAUACACACCAAGUCUUAAGCUCUUCGAAAAUCUGAGAAUGGUCUCCCCCGGGACAGUUAUUGUUGUCGAUAACGCCACCUUUUCUGGGAACAAACCAUAUAUGAAGUACGUUAGAACCUCCGUGGAGGAAAAGAGGGAGGUCGUGAAGCGGCGAGAGUCGCCGGAUAUCUUCAACAUGUCUAAGAUACUUGCAACAAUUGACCCUGAAGUAAGGCCUGGCAACCCGAAUCUAAAUUAUGAGACCUGGUCGAUGGACGGAACUGGGCCAGCUUGGAAUAUGGGCCUCGUUGAAGUUGUCGAAUGCAUUGGGGAAGAAGAAACCUCAUCACCCAUGAGCACCUCAGUCUAG